AUGGAUCCCUCUGCGGGGGCUGAGCCACAGGAGGGUGGACCCACGGGGCCCGGCUUCACGGGGCCCGGCUUCACGGCACCGAGCAACACCACAGUCCUCCAUGUGAAAUACACGUGGGUUUUGGUCCGCGCUGUCGCCUUGGACCUGGUUGCCGUGGGCAACAUAGCGCCUCAUCAGGAGCUGCCUCAUCAGGAGCUGCUUCAUCAAGAGCUGCUUCAUCAGGAGCUGCCUCAUCAGGAGCUGCUUCAUCAGGAGCUGCCUCAUCAGGACCUGCCUCAUCAGGAGCUGCUUCAUCAGGAGCUGCUUCAUCAGGAGCUGCCUCAUCAGGAGCUGCCUCAUCAGGAGCUGCUUCAUCAGGAGCUGCCUCAUCAGGAGCUGCCUCAUCAGGAGCUGCUUCAUCAGGAGCUGCCUCAUCAGGAGCUGCUUCAUCAGGAGCUGCCUCAUCAGGAGCUGCUUCAUCAGGAGCUGCUUCAUCAGGAGCUGCUUCAUCAGGAGCUGCUUCAUCAGGAGCUGCUUCAUCAGGAGCUGCCUCCUGAUAAUGACACGGUCUGGGUUGAUAAGACACCAGUGUUUAUGCAGAGCUGCAGCUGCUCUCAGCUCUAUCAUGUCCCCCUCAUUGGCCUCCGCUGA